GUCAUGGCGCCCGGCUCCGGCUCAGCCCCUGGGGCCGGUCUGUGAUUGGAGGGAAACCCCGUGCCGAGCGCCACUGACCCCCGCGAGAAUCAGCUGUGCGCAGCAGUUAGCCAGCCUUCGCUCCGCUACAGCAUCCUCAUCCGUCACUCUCAUCCCAGCUCUGAGCAGCCAUGGAUACAGGUGAACUAGUGCAGAAGGCCAAGCUUGCCGAGCAGGCCGAGCGCUAUGACGACAUGGCAGCCGCCAUGAAGGCAGUGACGGAGGGCGGCGCCGAGCUUUCGAACGAGGAGCGCAAUCUGCUCUCGGUGGCCUACAAGAACGUCGUGGGCGCACGCCGCUCCUCCUGGAGGGUGGUCUCCAGCAUUGAGCAAAAGACCGAAGGAAGCGAGAAGAAGCAGCAGAUGGCCAAGGAGUAUCGUGAGAAGAUCGAGAAGGAGCUGAAGGAGAUCUGCAACGACGUGCUGGUUCUUCUGGACAAAUUUCUGAUCCCGAAGGCGACCCCAGCCGAAAGCAAAGUCUUCUACCUGAAAAUGAAAGGCGAUUACUUCCGCUACUUAGCCGAGGUAGCCGUGGGAGAAGACAAAAGCUCUAUCAUCAGCAGCUCACAAGAAGCCUACCGGGACGCGUUUGAGAUCAGCAAGGCCGAAAUGCAGCCCACACACCCGAUCCGUCUGGGCUUGGCACUUAACUUCUCCGUCUUCUACUAUGAAAUCCUGAACUCUCCUGAGCAGGCCUGCAAACUGGCCAAAACGGCUUUUGACGAGGCCAUCGCAGAACUCGAUUCGCUCAACGAAGAAUCCUACAAAGACAGCACGCUGAUCAUGCAGCUGCUGCGAGACAACCUGACACUGUGGACCUCAGACAACCAGGGCGAUGCCGAGGACACCGAGGAAGGAAGAGAAAACUGAUCCCCCCUUUCUGCGUCUAUGCUUCCCCUUACAUCUGGCUUUCAUCAUCCCAUCCACACUGAGACCAUCAAAUCAUCUGGCUUCUGUCUCCUUGACUUCUUCCUUCCUUUCUUCUUUUUGUCCUUCUUCCUUUUCUCCGUCACUAUCAUUAAUCCACCCAGGGAGAGGUAGGGGUAAAGGGAGGGGGGGGGGGGGGACAAUUUUAAGGGGGGGUCGUUAAGGGUUGAAGGGAGCAGGUAGGGAGUGACACUCGUCUGCUAGCGAGUUCAUUAGGCGAGGGCAAGUUCUCAACUCCAGGUUUUGUCUUAGACAUUUGUAUAUCCUGUAUGUCCAUCAUUCACGGAGUUGAAGUGUUUGCCACACUCAUGCACAGCUGCAAUUUUUUAUAAGCGUUCUUUAAAAAAAAAAAAAGGAAAAAAAAAAAACAACCGUUCCUAAGUGGCAUCAUCUGCAUCACCAACGUCACCGUCAUCAUGUAGGUAAUAUAAGGAGAUAAGGUCUGCUUCACGCGUUCAUAAACGAGAACAUAAUGAUUAAAAAAAAAACUUCAUCAA